AAAUCGAGUCAAUCCACAUUUCUCUCUCUCUCUCUCUCUCUCUCGGUGACUGUUGCAGUACUGAUUUUUGUUCCCUCUAACCUAAAAUGGGACAGAGAGUUGAUCUAUGGUCUGAGGUCAUUAAAUCCGAGGAAGAAGACGGAGAUAUACCCAAGAUUGAAGCCGUUUAUCAGAGAAGAAAGAAACCUGAGAAAUCCUCCGAACCUGUAAAUUUAGGAUGGUUGGUCAAAGGGGCUCGUACUAGUUCGGUCAAUGGACCUAAGAGAGAUAGCUGGGCUCGUUCACUUUCCACCAGAGGGAGAGAGAGUAUUGCAGUGCCCGCUUAUGUCAACAAUCAGCCUCAAAAGAAGCCAGCCAGGAGAAAUAAGCCCGCUAUCCCAAAGGGAAAAGUUGUUAAAGCUCCAGACUUCCAGAAAGAGAAGGAAUACUUUCGUGAUAUUGAUGCUUUUGAGCUUCUGGAAGAGAGUCCUUCUCCCAAUAAAUCUAGUACAUGGACCAUGGGUGAACAAGUUGUUCCUGAGAUGCCACAUCUGUCCACAAGAUUAGAAAAAUGGCUAAUUUCGAAGAAGUUAAAUCAUACCUGUGGUCCUUCGAGCACACUCUCUAAGAUACUUGAAAACUCAUCCACACACCAGGAGUCAAUAAGUGAUAAUGAUGCUUUUGAUCCAUUGACCCUAAAAACCCCAGACAAGUCUUCUGCUGGCAACACUUCAGUUUUCCGGCUCAUCCCCAGCUGUGAUGACAGCUUGGCUGCCGAAGAUGUGCCUGUUAGAAAAAUCAAGAUGGAAGCAAUCGACCUUGAAGAUGAGCUGAAGCGAUUGUCUUUGACAUCUGAUCUAAUCCCCACUCAUCAAGAUUUUGAUCAGCCAUUUCUUGAUCUAUUGUCCGCCUGUGGACAGAUGCAACCAUCAAACUUCAUGGAAGCAUUCUCUAAAUUCUGUGAACCUGAAAGCAUUGUCAAGAUUGGUGAAGGUACAUAUGGGGAGGCUUUUCGGGCUGGUUCUAGUGUCUGUAAAAUAGUUCCAAUUGAUGGAGACUUCAGGGUUAAUGGGGAAGUACAGAAGAGAGCUGACGAACUACACGAGGAAGUGAUACUCUCAUGGACUCUUAAUAAACUAAGAGAAUGUGAGACUGAAGCUCAAAAUUCUUGCCCGACGUUCAUAAAAACUCAAGAUAUAAAAGUAUGUCAAGGUCCCUAUGACCCUAUACUGAUAAAAGCAUGGGAAGAAUGGGAUGCAAAACAUGGCUCUGAGAAUGAUCACCCAGAUUUCCCGGAAAAACAAUGUUAUGUCAUGUUUGUUCUGGAACAUGGUGGCAAAGACCUUGAGAGCUUUGUUCUUUUGAACUUUGGUGAAGCCCGGAGCUUAUUGGUUCAGGUCACGGCUGGCCUGGCUGUUGCCGAAGCUGGUUUUGAGUUCGAGCACAGAGACCUGCACUGGGGAAACAUUCUACUGAGUCGAAAUAACUCGAGUACUCUGCCUUUUAUUCUCGGGGGGAAACAAGUUUUCAUCAAAACUUUUGGAGUGCAGAUAUCCAUAAUCGACUUUACUCUUUCAAGAAUCAAUACAGGUGAAAAGAUACUCUUUCUGGACCUUACUUCUGAUCCAUACCUUUUCAAAGGACCAAAAGGAGAUAAACAAAAAAUGAAAGCGGUUACUGAAGAUUACUGGGAAGGAAGCUUUGCUCGAACAAAUGUUCUCUGGCUAAUUUAUCUCGUGGACAUCUUACUUACCAAGAAGUCAUUUGAACGGUCUUCAAAAGACGAAAGAGAACUACGGUCAUUGAAGAAGCGGAUGGAGAAGUAUGAAUCAGCUAAAGAGGCUGUUUUAGAUCCUUUCUUCUCAGAUAUGUUGAUGGACCAAAUAUCAUGAAGAAUAUAAUAAACCCCGUAAGUGACU